AUAUAGAGAGCACAGCAAAAACAACCACCAUUUUGCUCAGCCAAAAACAAUACGUUUUUGAUACAAUUGGUAUCGUUUAAAAAAACCACUGCGCGCCUAUCCGCCUGAUAAAUAUGCUUUCAACUGAAUAAAAUUACCGUCGCAAUGUAUAUGCUCAAAAAUGGCAAAUAUUUGAUUGAAACCAAAUCUUACGUUUUUUGAGUGAUUAUACAUAUAAAACUAGCAAUUAUAAAUUAUUUUGUAUGCGCUAGUUAAUCACAUCUUAUACCAUUUUUGUUUGGCUUUAUUGUUUUUCAAUUGAAGAAACGUCAUUACAGAAAAAAAAUAUAUAAAUUGAUUAUAAAUUGAUAUAUUCCGAAAGUUACAACUAAUUCGAUUAUACGGAGCAACAGUUUCCAUAAAACUCAAACUACAAUUGGGCAAUUGCGCAAUUCCGCAAGUGACCUUGAAAAAUGGCCUCUGCGUCUGAAGGCGACGUGACCUUUGAGCUCCCUUCUCGAAGUUCAGAUCGGGAAGGAGAGGGGGGAGUGUCGGCGAACAACGGACUUUAUGGCAACAUGGGGGGUGGGGACACGUUGAUCAACAAGUUGCCACCAAUGCUUGCAAAGAACUUUUGGUUCUUAGCGCUCGGGUGGCUGCUUCUGAAUUCUCUGGCAAUGCUUAUCAUUUUCUCGAUUGCUGUGGCUGCUUUAAGACAGACUAACCAUGUUCAAGAUGAAGUCGGAAAAAUAACAGAGGGAGAAAUCCACUACUUGCAGAAAUUAAACACGCGUUUGACUCACCUGGAAAACCCGAACUCCAAUUGCGACGAUGAUUGGCUUCACUCAGCUUAUCACACAUGUUUCUACGUUGCUAAAGAGAAGAAAAACUACACGGCCGCUGUGACUCAUUGCCAGUCUAAGGACUCGUCAUUGGCGUUUCCCCGGGACGCCUUGGAACUCGCGAUUCUUCGUGCACUGGCACCUUCGAACCAUUCAGAGACGGAAACCGCGACGUUCCUCGGAAUUCAAAGGGCUUCAGUAGCUGAUGAAUGGGCCUUUCAGAAUGCAGCGAUGUUUGACGUUAACCAGAGCACCCCGAACCUUUGGGAUGUCGGGGAACCGACAGACGAAGGGAAUUGCGCUGCGCUAGUUGUCGGCGACGCGCAUCAUAACAAAGUAGUCUCUCACGCCUGCUCCGAGUCAGGAUUCUACAUAUGUGCCAAGAAAGCUGUAAUGAAGGAUAUGCUCGAAGAUGAACUGUAACUUUUUAAGUUGCUUCUAACUUUUGACUGACAGAAAUUUCCAUUCAUCCUUAAACGUAAAAAAAAACAAGUCAAGCCUUAAAAACAUAAAUGAAAAAUUACUUCAAUUUAAUACUUCAGCCCUUAAGUUUAUCUGUCCCUUUUUAUUAUGCUGCCCUUAUAUUCCUGUUGCUUGAUUGCUGUUAAAAUCAGGGGCUCAAUGAAUACCCAAGCUAUAACCUAAAAUUUCAAUUCCAGUACCCGGGUUGAGGUAUUCGACUUGUAUGUUUCGAUCGAAUUCGAUCGCACACACGGGUGUUGUUCGACCCAAUCCGUGGUCAAAAGCAGCCCUUUCGGUCGAACACAAUUUCGAAACAUAGUCGAAACAUAGUCGACUACUAUUUAGAGACAUAGCCAAAAACAAAGACGAGAACGGAUCUAUUGAACAAUCUCCCCCUUUCAGGAAGGAGGAUUGUUAAAUAGAUUAAAGAGUUCGAAUUUUUGGUCAAACAGAAUGCAGCAAAAUUAGAGUUCUCAAUACAAAGCUCUUGUGGUAAUUUACUGUUUUUAUUUAUGGGGAUGGAGACUCUUUAGUAGAUACCAUAAGGGGUUUGUUAAGUAGAUCAUCGAACACAAAGUAGCACGUUAGGGCUGAACACACUUGCGCACAGUUUUCCUUCGGUCGAGUCCGUUGAAAUCUAGCAAGUUUCGGUCGAAAUGAUCGAAACAAAGCACGUUUGAUUCGAACACAAUCUAACACAUUUUUCCGUCCGUUGAGUCGGUCGAAACACAGCAAGUUUGGGUCGAGUCAGUCGAAACACAAUUUGAACACCUCAGCCCGGGCAGCGUAAGCAAUAACGCAAAGAAAAGCUGUCAAAAACAAAUUGUUUUACACUAUGGUUUUUAUCCAGGGUCUUUUCAACGGUAAAACUCCUAGCCCAA